AAUCUCAACUUGCUUCCAUUCCAUCUCAGAGCAAUUGUUCAGUGCAAAAAGAUUUGGUUUUUAAUAAUCACACCAGUCUGAUUCCUAACUACUAGAUAGCUUCUACACUACUAGCUAGUACAACCAAAGUAACAUAAAACUUCUCCAUCCAACAACAACAACAGCAACAACAACUCUUCCACCAUGACAAUCACGGAAACGUUGGACAACUAUUUUUCCUUGACGGAGCGAGGAGCCACCAUUGGUGGCGAAUUGCGUGCCGGAACGGCAUCCUUUUUAACUCUAUCCUACCUGUUGUUGGUCAAUCCUCAAAUCAUGGCACAGGCAGGAGUCAGUCACGACGAUGCCGUGUUUGCCACUGCCCUGUCGGCAUCGAUUGCUUGUUUUAUUGUUGGAUUUUGUGCCAAUCUACCCUUUGGAUGUGCCCCGGGAAUUGGUCUCUCGGCCUAUCUGGCCUUUGGAUUGGUCCAGGCCGAACUCUGUACGCUGGAAGAAGCACUUACAGUUUGUUGGUGGUCUGGAAUUGUGGUGAUUAUGAUCUGCCUGAGUCGUUUGACAGUCUAUCUCAUGAAAAUUGUUCCGCAAUCCAUCAAAUACGGAAUUGUCGUGGGAAUGGGCUUGCUGAUUGCCAUGAUUGGAAUGGUCGAUGUCAACAUGAUUGUUUCCGAUGAAAAGACGUUGGUCAAACUGGGAGAUGUCAUGGGGGACGAUGGGACUCUGGCGUUGUGUCUUUGUGGUAUCCUCUUGGUGGCAUCCUUGCUCUAUCAUGAUGUCAAGGGUGGAAUUCUGAUUGGAAUUGCCGUCCUGACUCUCUUCUCGUGGACGUGGAAGCAUACCUGGCCCGAGUCUAUUUUCCAAUGGCCCGAGUUCCAUAACAAUGGAUUUUUGGAUCACCCAUUGGCCGUGUUUGAUUGGAGCCGAGCUGCCGUCUUUCUCCCCGCUCUGGCUUCCUUUGUCUUGAUUUGUAUCUUUGAUAUUUCCGGUGUCAUUUACGGUUUGGCAACACUCGGUGGAUUGAUCACCCCCGAAGGCGACAUUCCAGGAUCCUUCUGGACAUUUAUUGCUUCGGGCGUUGGAACCUUGGUGGCGGCGUACUUUGGUUCCACACCGAUUAUUGUCUGUGUCGAGACCGCGUCGGGAGUCCGCGAAGGAGGUCGAACGGGUCUCACCGCCGUCGUGAUUGGACUCUACUUUAUGGCCAGCAUUUUCUUGUCCCCGUUGUUUACCGCCGUGCCCGAGGUGGCCACCGCCCCAGUGUUGGUCAUGGUGGGUGUCAUGAUGAUGGGGGAAGCGGCCAAGAUCAAAUGGGAAAACAUGGACGAGGCACUUCCUGCAUUUUUGACAAUUAUCUUGAUGCCAUUGACGUACAGCAUCACCAAUGGAAUGAUCUUUGGACUCUUGUCAGCAGCAGCGUUUUACUUUACCACGGGACAGGCGUUUACCGAUACUAUGGAUUUGUUUAAAAACGCCAGAGCGGCCUGUACGAAUGCAGGACGAACGAAGGACAACGACGCUAACGAGGUAAAGUCCGAAAAGUCCGAAAAGACGGCCUUGUUGGACGUGGAGACUGGAACCAAUACGGACAGUGGCACCUUCUCUUGAGGAGGAGGAUGCAAACAGUCUACAAUUUUUUUCAGUUUGAAGUUUUUGAAACGAAGGACUUGGCCUACAAGCUCGAUGUCCAUGGAUGUUGGAUGCAAACCCUCUUUUUUGCCUGCCUGCUGGUAUUUACACUGUUGCUUUUGCUUGCUUGAAUACUUGACUACAUAUAAAGUAAUGCUCGAAUGUACCCUACGAUAGCUCAAAUUUAGCUAGCUCAUAUUAUUACAAGACCCCACACUAAAGCUGGAAACGACACACUGCAGCAUAGGAACACUUGUCUGAUUGACGAAAGGCAGAACCACACCCUGACUGAUGGCGCAGAAUUUUAAAAGGAAAACCUUGAACGG